AUGGCAAGCAACGGUUCCACCGAAGUCAAGACUGAGCCAGUCAUUAUCAAGUCUGCUGUAUCCGAAACUGGAGACCGCACCACUUAUGAACGUGCCACUUUGCUUUCACUUGCCAAUAGCCCCUUGAGCAAGGCGCAACCUGGUAGAAUGGCUUAUGUUCCUGGUAUUACUAAGAGCGCUAGCGUUCCUAGUGGCUCCUACAACAAGAAGUCCGUUGAGCAAAAGAAGGAAGAGAAGCAUAAGAAGAAGUCAACAUUCAAUCCUUUCGAGCUCCUUGGCGAGGAUUAG